AUGAGAUUGGAUCAGAUCGCCCUCGUUGCCGCUGUGGCUGGAUCCGCAGCAGCAGCUCCGAGCAAGAGCCAUGCAAAGCGCGCGUCGCCCUUCCAAUGGUUCGGAGCAAGCGAAUCUGGAGCUGAGUUUGGAGAGACCAAUCUUCCUGGAGUUUAUGGGACCGAUUAUGAAUUCCCCGAUCCUAGUUCCAUCCAAACAUUGGCCGGCAAGGGAAUGAACAUCUUCCGGGUGCCCUUCAGGAUGGAACGGCUGGCUCAAGGGUCCAUGACCAGCGGGUUUGACGCGACCUAUCUCGGACAACUGACCGACACCAUCAAGGCCAUCAAUGAUGCGGGAGCCUAUGCCGUGAUUGACCCUCACAACUAUGGAAGAUACAACGGGGAUAUCAUUUCAAGCACCUCGGACUUCCAAACAUUCUGGAAAAACCUCGCAGGCCAAUUCGCUUCGAAUGAUCGCGUCAUUUUCGACACAAACAACGAAUACCAUGAUAUGGACCAGACCCUCGUACUGAACCUCAACCAGGCCGCCAUUGACGGCAUUCGCGAAGCCGGGGCCACAAGCCAAUACAUCUUCGUCGAGGGCAACUCCUGGACCGGCGCAUGGAGCUGGACCGACGUGAACGACAACAUGAAGGCCUUGACCGACCCUCAAGACAAGAUCGUUUACGAGAUGCACCAGUACCUCGAUUCGGACGGGUCAGGAACACACGAGGAGUGUGUCUCGCAGACAAUUGGCGAGGAACGUUUGACGUCCGCGACACAAUGGCUGAAGGACAACGGCAAGGUCGCAGUCAUCGGCGAGUUUGCCGGUGGUGUUAAUGACGACUGCAAGGCGGCUAUCACUGGCAUGCUCGAUUACAUGGGUGAGAACUCUGAUGUUUGGCUUGGAGCGGUGUGGUGGGCUGCUGGGCCUUGGUGGAACGACUAUAUGUACAGCAUGGAGCCCCCCUCUGGAGCGGCAUACACGGGCAUGAUGUCGACGCUCGAGCCAUACUUGUUGUAG